AUGAUUGCUUAUGCAGCGACGCGGUCAAGCUCGGACGACAUCGCAGACCCGCUAACGUUGUUCCGGCAUCUGCCACCGAAGGCAGUGCGGCAUCGAGCUAAAUCGAUUGGGCUGGACGGCAAGAAGGCCUCCAGCCGCUUCUACCAAUUGCUGCGGGUCCACAGGAAGUUCCAAGAGAGCUCAAAGUACCUCUCCGGCGUGGAACAAGAAAACGAGACAGGCAAGAUCAUGCUUCUAGACGAGUUGAUUCAACUCUUCGACGAGGCCAGCGACGAACGCCAAGCCGAACGAGCAACGACGGCCGCCAAGCCCACCGAAAAAGGCCGCGGCGGAAUAUGUGCAGGAGCAAGCGAUGAUGGGGGGUCGCCGUAA